AUGAAUAAGACUAUAUUGGCGUUUUCGCAAGCGUUGGAAAAUGAUAAGCUAAAAGUUCCAGAAGAUGAAUUAUUGCAAGAGGUUAUUGAUCAGUACAGAAACUACACGAAUUUAAAUAAAGAAGAAUGGUUUGUUGAUGGUCUAGUUGGACUAUGCUACUUUGCAUUGCAGAAACGUGAGAUCAUUAAUGUUGUAGAUGCCUAUCUUCAACAAAAUGGUGACGAAUUAAUUCCAAUACUAAUAUCCAAGUUGAAACCAAUGUUGGUUAAAGCAGAUGGCGUUAGUAGUGGAAACUUAACAGCGUCUGGGCGGCGGAAAAUAGAAAGCUCUAGUACCAAAUAUGGUUUACAACCUAGAUUAGGUUUUGAAGAGACUUUUGGAGAGUCCAAAUGGGAGGAAUGGAGGUUAAAUGGUGGUAUUCGAGGCAUUGGGUUGUUCUACAUGAUAGUAAGGAACUUAAAGAAACGAGAUAUAUCUACUAACUUACCUUGGAUCAGCCCUGGGAUUCUAAAUAUCAUAGACGAUACUACUGUUGGUGCAGAUAAUGUGAGAUUAUAUGGAAUACUCUUAUUACAAGAGUUAUUACGCAGUAUCCUGAAAUCUGACGAGAAUAAUAAAUACACCUUCUCUUUUAAAGAUACAGGUCUUCACCAGAUAUAUGAACCCAUACUAACAGGUCUACUGUAUCAUCUUCCUCCAUCGAGCACCGCAGAGGAAACUCUCAGAAUAUGGGAAGUAACAUACCCUACCCUUCAAUUACUAUUAGAAGUCGAAGCUUUCGGAAAUACCGACGAGUACAGAACAAAGUUGGGCCAGAUGUUCUCAGAAACCAUUCUACAGCUCACAAUUCCCAGAAUUGGUCUAGAACAUGUUGCUCUCGCGCAAUGGAUUUUAAGCUACUGUGAAAGAAUAAUCUCAAUCUUAGAACAAGAUUCCACAAUUUAUCUCCAAAGGAUAUUGUACGUUCUUGGGGAGUACUAUUUCAGAAAUCCAUUUAUUACAUUGAACAUGGAAGUAUUAGAGCAAUCUUUGCACAUAGUGGAAACCUUAUGCCACCAGGCUCUUCCUGAAAGCAUACGUAACCAGCAGUACGAUAUAUUAGCAUGCAUUCUCCUAACAUAUGAAAAGUGUAGCACAGAAGGAGCUUUGACACCGAACAUUUCUUCAAAAUGCAAGAAGCUACUCAAGCUAUUGGAAUCACUCGGAUGUGAUUUCCAAAACGAUAUUGCACAUUUGCGCAAACGCAAAUCGCUCAUAGAUUUAUUUCAACAGUAA